AUGGACAAAGACAGUGAUCCAGGAUCACCACCUCUGCACACCAGCAUGGAAAACAAAUUUCCAGGUCAGUUAACAAAAUUCAAAGAUUUAUUCCCCCAAGGUUUUUGUUGUGAAGACUUACAAUGUAUAAAUGAUUUCUUCCAGGUCAUGCAUAUCCAACAGGGAUGAUCCAGCUGACUGGAGACAUUUUCCAGUUUACAGUCAAUGUGAGUGAAUUUCCUCCAGAGGACGUUAUCAUCUCAUACUACAACAACCGGAUAAAUGUGCAUGCUGAGAAGGUAAACCUGCCUUAUGUACUCUACAGUUGUCACUUUAAACUCUAUAAUGAUCUAUUGUUUGAUUUGGCAUUCUCUUAUCACCUAAAAGUAUUUUACAUUUUCCUGAAAAUUUGCAGGAGAAGGGAAUGUUCAUAAGCGAAAGGACUAAAACAACAGAAUAUUAAAAGUUUAUAUUUGACAUUGGCUUGUAUCAGAUGGAUUAUGUGACCAUGUUAGCAUGAUUUAGGGUCUGUUGAUUGAUUUCAUUUUUAACUCUCAAUACUUUACUCUUCCUUAUGUACUCUUUUGCCCUUUUCAUACAGCUGGGAAAACAUGGAGCAGUCGUAAAAAGUUUUUCCCAUCAAUGCAAACUACCUUCAAAUGUGGAUCCCACAUCAGUGACGAUGGCCCUGGAAGACCAGGGGGUCCUGACUGUCACAGCUCACAGGGUGCAUUAG